AGCGUGUUGUUGCAGCGUCAUUCCAUUUGAAUGAAGUUCAGACUGCGCUCAACUGGAAGCCAAGUCGACUCAUUCACUCAUUCGCGCCCCGGCGAACUGAAAACAGGACAAAAACAACAGUUCGGGACCUACCAGCUUGCCAACUAUGCCGGUGUUUUCAGUCAAUGUGAAAUGGGGCAAAGAGAAGUUUGAUGCGGUGGAACUGAACACCGAGGAGCCUCCCAUGGUGUUCAAGGCUCAGCUUUUUGCCUUGACAGGAGUGCAGCCGGACAGACAGAAGGUGAUGGUGAAGGGAGGCACACUUAAGGAUGAUGAGUGGGGGAACAUCAAAUUGAAAAAUGGAAUGACUUUGUUGAUGAUGGGAUCAGCGGAAGCUCUGCCCGAGGAGCCUGCUGUCAGGCCCAUGUUUGUGGAAGACAUGACUGAUGAGCAGCUGGCCUCAGCUAUGGAAGUUCCCUGCGGACUGACCAAUCUGGGCAACACCUGCUACAUGAACGCCACCGUGCAGUGUCUGCGCUCUGUGCCCGAGCUCAAAACGGCGCUCAAAAAGUACACCGGCGCGCUGCGAUCUUCGGGGCCCAACGCGUCAUCACAGUACAUCACAGCAGCUUUGCGUGACUUAUACGAGACCAUGGACAAGACCUCGUCCAGCCUGCCUCCCAUCAUCCUUCUGCAGUUCCUCCACAUGGCCUUCCCACAGUUUGCCGAGAAGGGAGAUCAGGGACAGUACCUCCAGCAGGAUGCCAACGAAUGCUGGCUGCAGAUGAUGAGAGUUCUUCAGCAGAAGCUGGAGCCACUCGAGACAGGGACUCCCAUGGAGACUGACGCUGAGAGCGGAGCUGCUUCUGCCUCCCCAAAGAAGAACUUUAUUGACCAGUAUUUUGGCGUUGAGUUUGAGACGACCAUGAAGUGUACAGAGUCCGAGGAAGAGGAGCCAAUCAAGGGCAAAGAAAGUCAGCUCCAGCUCAGCUGCUUCAUCAACCAGGAAGUCAAGUAUUUGGCUACGGGACUGAGGCUGAGACUUCAAGAAGAAAUCACCAAAAUGUCAACCAGCUUGGACAGAAACGCUCUCUACAUCAAAUCUUCGAAACUGAGUCGCCUCCCCGCCUACCUGACGGUGCAGAUGGUUCGUUUCUACUACAAGGAAAAAGAGUCCGUCAAUGCCAAAGUGUUGAAGGACGUGAAGUUCCCUCUGAUGCUGGACGUGUACGAACUUUGCACGGCUGAGAUGCAGGAGAGCAUGUUGGCCACCAGGUCAAAGUUCAAGGAAAUGGAGGACAAAAAGCUGGAGAAUCAGAAGCCCAAACAGGAAACAAAGAAAGAAAGCAAGGAGAAGGAGGUGAAAUACGAGCCCUUCUCUUUUCCUCAUGACGUGGGCUCCAACAACAGCGGCUACUACGACUUGCAGGCGGUGCUGACGCAUCAAGGUCGCUCCAGCUCAUCGGGGCACUACGUGGGCUGGGUCAAGAGGAAAGAAGAUGAAUGGGUGAAGUUCGAUGACGACAAAGUGAGUGUGGUGUCGCCAGAGGACAUCCUGCGGCUGUCGGGAGGCGGCGACUGGCACAUUGCGUAUGUCCUGCUCUACGGCCCGCGGAGGUUGGAAAUACUUGAGGAGGAACAUUAAUGCUCCCGCGAGGGACUGAGGAUGCCUUCCUCCAAAUUUGAUCCCCCACCCACACACACACAAAACGCACUGUCUGCAUAAGCUGUGCAAUAAAACAGGUGUCUUUACUGAAUGGAUCACCUCAAAUAUAUUCCCCCCCCCCCUGAUAGUAAAAUUUCAACCAUCCUGAGCUCAAAAGAAAAAGGCAAAAUGGCUAAUAUUUUCUACGUGUCAUCUAGUUUUUAAGGUGCAACUGACUGCAGUCGCUUGGCUCGCAUUGAGGCACCUGUUCACUUGUUUUUGUGCUUAAGCCAAAGUCAUGUUUGAUAUCAAACUUGCUUUGGUAUGAAUCUUGUCCCAAACAAUCAUGUUGGAAUGGAGGAAGGAACUCCUUUCAGUUGGCCCACAGCCGCCUUCUGUAAUACAAUAAGUGCUUCACAUUUACAAACCUUUUUGGGUUGGUGUCUUUUACUUGUGGAUUUUUGCUAUUUUGCGGCAAGGUGUAGUCAAUUCAUCUUGUACGCUUGUGAAAUGUCCCCUGCCCGCUCGCUGCCAAAUUGUUCACUCUACUUUCUGACAGUCAAGACCAGUUCACAGUUAAGUCUUACUUAUUCUGUACUAAAAAUUGAGCACAUUUUUUUUUUUUGCUUCAUCUUCACUCUUGUUCUAAGUUAUUGACUGAUGGCUUUUCAAAAGUGCUGCAAAAAUGUAAUUAAAAAGAAGUGUCUGCCA